GGCCCUUGUACCUUCCGCACCCUUAUCUUGGUUCUUUCAAAACGCUCUCUAUUCCUGAGCAGGUUGAAGGUUCCAGUAGAAUGAAGCGCGAGCAAAUCAUAAAAUGAUCGAUCGACAGAGAGUAGACGAAGAGACGACGUAGCCUCAAUGAGAAGCUCACUAAUCUCUUCCUCCUCUUCCUCUUCCUCUUCUCCUAUCGUCGCCGCCCGAAACAAGAAGCCCGACCAACAAAAGGCUUCUGAGCAAGCUCCUCCAAGAAUUACAUCAAAUGUGAAGCAAAAUUUGCAGUUUUUAAAGCUAUGGAGGGAGUUCCAAAAGCAGAAGUCAUAUACACCAAAGCCUGCCACUAGUUAUCGCAAAAAGAAGGUAGUGAAAGCGGAGCUUCCACAAGACACCGAGCUCUAUGAGGACCCUACCAACCUUUACUACACAAAUCAAGGGUUGGACACUGCUAUUCCAGUUCUUCUUGUAGAUGGUUAUAAUGUCUGUGGUUAUUGGGCUAAGCUGAAGAAGCAUUUCAUGAAUGGAAGGCUUGACAUUGCUCGUCAAAAGCUAAUUGAUGAGUUGAUCACCUUUAGUAUAUUGAAAGAAGUAAAAGUAGUGGUGGUAUUUGAUGCUAUGAUGUCUGGACUGCCAACCCAUAAGGAAAAUUUUGCUGGGAUCGAUAUAAUUUUUUCAAGUGAAACAUGUGCUGAUGCUUGGAUUGAGAAAGAGGUUGUAGCGUUGAAAGAGGAUGGUUGCCCAAAAGUUUGGGUUGUCACAUCUGAUGCUUGUCAGCAGCAAGCUGCGCAUGGAGCUGGAGCAUUUGUUUGGAGUUGUAAAGCAUUGGUGUCUGAGAUAAAGGCUUCGCAAAAGGAAUUUGAUCAAAUACUUGCUGAGCACAGGUGGUGGAGCUGGAAUCUGCUGUGGUACUGCAGAAGCUAAAGGUGUAAGAUUUGGGAUUGUUGUCGGGUAGUCCACAAGCGCAUGAUAAGGAGUCAAAUUCUCGAUGUUGAAAACCGGGCUGAUGUCCGUAGGAUGUCCAACUCGUAUGCAUUCGAACUAAUCUUCCUUAGAACUCGAAAUAGACCUGUACGUCCGGCAUAAAGCUUCACCGCUGCUCCCCUAGUUGAUAGGAAUCCAUGGAGUGUAUAUUCUAGGAGAGUGAUUGUAUUUAGAGGAUACUGAUUGAUUCUGGAUGUAUUCUUCAUGUUCUCAGAGAUUAUAAUUGAUAGGGUUUUAUAUUAGUUUCUACUUUUGCUAAGAUUUGAGCGUGAAUUAGGUAUUUAGUUUGAUUUUGUUUGUGGUUAUAAAUAAUGAUGUGAUGCUUUAGUGAAAGACAGACUAUUUAAUAUAAUAAUUCUGAGAUUUUAAGUUGGCGUGUGAAUUGCUAUGAGGAUGUGAAACUUAUUUUAUUUAAUUGCUUUGAUUAAAUCUCAGCCUCUCAUUAUACCCUCAACUCAUAUCCACUUCUCCACUAAAACAAAAUCCUACCCCAAUUAAGACCUAACCUCGCCAUCACUGUUCAUGUGAACAGUACCCCAACUACUGUUCAGUCUAGUGCUCCGACUACUGUCCACGCGAUCGUUCUUCAACGCCAACUCCUACAACUAUUCAUGUCCUGCUCCGACUACUGUUCACGUGAUUAAUAUCUCCCACAGAGUUCUGGAAGCCCCUAAUCUUGCUGGAUAAAUUUAAUUGAGAGUUUAAUUUCAGAUCUAAGUUUGAUUGCUUGGUGGAUUAAUUGUCUCUUUGCUUACAUGUGUGUGGUAAAUUCAAAUCCAAGUAGUUGAGGGUUGGUUGGUUCUUCAAUUUCGUGGAUUAGUUUAAUAUGUUUGCAAUAGGGCCUUUCAACUCAGUUCUUAUUCGAACUUUGACGAUUUGUGUGUUAGUUCCUUACACCCUCAGGUGAAUUCUGAACAGGGCGUUGAUUUCUUAUUGUUAAUAUUACAAUAUCUUUAGAGUUGUAGGGAAUUUAUAAUCACAUUGAGUAUUGAUAUUUCUGUGAUCCAUUGUAUGAUUCAUCACCAUUUUCAGUUUAUAAUUGCACUACAUCUUUAGUUAUUCGCUGAUUAGUUUGCAUUUGCAUCUAGUGCAUGCACAUAGCUUACUUUAGGAAUCUUCAUCCGUGUGAUUGUUUGCCUUCUUUGCAUUCAUGUCCUCCCGUGUUCUGCCCUGCAUCUUAUUUGGUAUCAGAGCUAAAAAGAUUCACCAUUGUAGCUUCGGCAUUGGCGAUGCAGCAAUUCAAAGUCCAUCAGAUUUAGUUUCAAUUAGGAUUUUAUGAUUUUAUUUGAUUUUAUCCUUUCCUUUAGUUAGGAUCUUAUCUGAUGUUAUCUUCUUUUAGUUAGGAUGUUAUUUGAUGUUAUCUCUUCUUUAGUUAGGAUUUUAUUUAUCUUCUUAGUUUUUUUAUAAAUAAGAUUGUACUGUUUCAUUUGAGGAAGGGGAGAAGAAUAUUUGUGAGAAAUCUGCAUGUGAAUUACAUCUGGUAUUGGGCAUGUGAGGUGCUGGCAUGUGAGUGCCCAGGUGUAGACCUAUAUUUGUGUCUUUUCCUUUUCUUAAAUAAUGAGUGCAAUCUUAUUAUUUGUAUUUUUGUUUUAUUUGAUCCAAAUAAGUUCUAUCAAGAAUCUCCUUGUUGUCGUUCCUCAUCAUUUGA